UGCCGAAUAGGCCACUGGCCCACUGCACUCAUAAAACCUCUCUUUAUCCUCUCAUUGAUAGCAGUCCCAGACUUCAACUUUGAAGUGCCAAGCUCUUCCGUUAAUCCCUGUGACUCUAAGGACCAUGCCAGAUAUUCAAGAACCCUCAAUCGAAGAUGGAACCUUCACUAAUCAGUUAGCUUUGAGAAAACUAAACCGGUGGCAAUGGUGGCUUUUGGUAGCACUAAGUAUUUUCUUCCUCAUUGUUGGCCAAUCUGCCGCUGUUCUUCUUGGGAGAUUUUAUUAUGACCAGGGUGGAAAUAGUAAGUGGAUGGCUACUCUUGUGCAAACAGCUGCCUUCCCAGUCCUUUUAAUCCCACUCGUUCUUAUUCCUUCUCGGGAGCCUUCAAGUUUUUCGGCCUCCCCACCCUCUAUUAAGAUUCUUGUCUUGGUCUACUUCUCUCUUGGAGUGCUCAUAGCUGGUGACAACAUGUUGUAUUCUGUUGGACUCUUGUACCUCUCUGCCUCUACUUAUUCCCUCAUAUGUGCAACCCAACUAGCCUUUAAUGCGGUUUUCUCAUACUUUAUCAACUCUCAGAAGUUCACUGCUCUAAUUCUUAACUCUGUGGUUCUCCUCUCAUUAUCUGCUGCCCUGAUCGGUGUCAACGAUGACUCUGAAGGACCAUCAGGAGUUUCCAAGGGGAAAUAUAUCAUUGGCUUCCUUUGUACCCUCGCAGCGUCUGCACUCUACUCUCUUUUGCUUUCCCUAAUGCAGCUUUGCUUCGAAAAGGUUCUUAAAAGGGAAACCUAUUCUAUAGUCUUGGAACUGCAAAUCUAUACAGCACUUGUUGCCACCUGUGUUUCAGUUGUGGGCCUUUUCGCAAGUGGGGAAUGGAAGAGUUUGCAUGGGGAAAUGGAGGGUUUUGGUGCAGGAAGAGUUUCUUAUGUAAUGGUGUUGGCUUGGACUGCAGUGGCUUGGCAAAUUUGUUCUGUUGGUGUUGUGGGCUUGAUAUUUGUGGUGUCGUCUCUCUUCUCCAACGUAAUCAGUACUGUCUCUUUGGCUGUUACUCCUAUUGCGGCUGUGAUAGUUUUCCAUGACAAAAUGAACGGCGUCAAGGUAAUUGCCAUGCUUUUGGCUCUUUGGGGUUUUGCAUCAUAUAUUUACCAAAAUUAUCUUGAUGAUUCUAAGGCAAGGAAGACACGCAAUGGUGUUGGAGAAUCUUAUAACAAUUCUUAAUGUUGAUGAGUUUGGAACUUGAUAGAAACAGAACAUCAUGGGUGAUCUUUGAGGAACUGGUUUAUUUGCUUUACAGCCAUUCUUCCGAGUUAGGAAAAUUAUCCAGUGACUGGUGAUUUGAUUAAUUUGAUAGAAGUGUCGUAAUCUAUUGCAAAUAAUUUAGUCCAUCUAAUAAGUUGAUCAAGUUAUUUAGGGUAUGGUCUGAUAGACUAAGGAAGAUUGUUCAUAAAUGUAUUUUCUCCGAAUUAGAGAAUGUGAAGACAGUUUGAAAAUGAAAUUUGAAAGAAAGAAAUGAAACUUUCAAGGA